AAUGGCCUUAGCUAGGCCCACGCGGUUUUUGUCGCUGGAGGCUAGGUUGUUCCUGUUUCUCCGACGGGACCUGGUGGUCCGCGAUCCCGACGAGCCCCUGCCCGUGGUGCGCAUUCCACGGUCUCUACAGCGGCGGCAGGAACAGCGACAGAGAAGGCACCAGAGUUCCCCGCGGCCGGUGCUGGUGCGACCAGGGCCGCUGUUGGUCUCCGCGCGACGGCCAGAGUUGAACCAGCCGGCGGGCCUCACGCUGGGCCGUUGGGAAUGUGCGCCUCUCGCCUCGCGUGGCUGGAGGCAUCGGCGCGCGCAUGGGGACCACUUCUCCAUCGAACGUGCUGAACACCAGGCACCAGCGCUUCGGAACCUCUCAUCGGACAGCAGCUUCGGCGAUCUGGGUCUGGAGCCAUGUGUGUUGCGAGCACUACGGGAGACUGCGCCCGAAGUCGUCCGGCCCACGACCGUGCAGUCGAGCACCAUCCCCUCUCUGCUUCGCGGCCACCAUAUCCUUUGUGCCGCGGAAACAGGUAGUGGCAAGACUCUGAGUUACAUACUACCUCUGUUUCAACGGCUUAUGGGCCAGCCAAGCCUGGACCACCGCCGUAUCCCCUCUCCCAGGGGCCUCGUCCUUGUGCCUUCCCGAGAAUUAGCCGAACAGGUGCGAGCCGUGGCCCAGCCCCUGGGCAGCUCCUUAGGGCUGCACGUGCAGGAGCUAGGGGGAGGCCAUGGUAUGCGUAGAAUCAAGCUGCAGCUAUGCAAACAGCCUUCAGCAGAUGUGCUGGUGGCCACUCCGGGGGCUUUGUGGAAGGCCCUGAAAAGUCAGCUCAUCAGCCUGGCCGAGCUCUCCUUCAUGGUGUUGGAUGAGGCAGACACACUGUUGGAUGACAGCUUCCUGGAACUGGUGAACUACAUCUUGGAGAAGAGCCAGAUAGCUGAAGGCCCAGCAGACUUAGAAGACCCCUUCAAUCCCAAAGCUCAGUUAGUGCUGGUGGGAGCCACAUUCCCUGAAGGGGUAGGCCAGUUGCUGAGUAAAGUCACCAGGCCAGACUCUGUCACCACCAUCACCAGCUCCAAGCUCCACUGCAUCAUGCCUCACGUCCGACAGACAUUUAUGAGACUGAAAGGAAUGGACAAGGUGACGGAGUUGUUGCAGAUUCUCAAACGGCGUGACAGGCUAGACAGGACUGGCCCCUCGGGAGCUCUCCUGGUGUUCUGUAAUAGUUCCAGCACGGUGAACUGGCUGGGAUAUAUUCUGGAUGACCACAAAAUCCAACACCUAAGGCUGCAAGGGCAAAUGCCAGCCUCGAUGAGAGCAGGUAUCUUCCAGUGUUUCCAGAAGGGCUCCCGAGACGUACUACUCUGUACAGACAUAGCCUCUCGGGGCCUUGACAGCACCCGUGUGGAGCUAGUUGUCAACUAUGAUUUCCCCCUCACCCUGCAAGAUUACAUCCACAGAGCAGGGAGGGUGGGUCGUGUAGGUAGUGAGGUUCCAGGCUCCGUUAUCAGCUUUGUGACCCAUCCUUGGGAUGUGAACCUGGUUCAGAAGAUUGAGCUGGCAGCUCGCCGGAGGAGAAGCCUUCCCGGACUCCCAUCCUCGGUGGGCGAGCCUUUGCCACUGCAAGCCUGAUUUUAGCUGGCUUAAAUGCGAUGCCAGGGGUUGGCACUGUGGUGUUGCUGGUUCAGCUGCCACGGGGGGUGCCCACACUGCAUAUCAGAAUGCCUGAGAUGGAGUCCCACCUCCACUCCCAAUUCAGCUUCCUGCAAAUGAGCACCCUGGGAGGCAGCAGAUGACUCCCAUGUGGGAGAUCUGUAUGGAGUUCCUGUCUCCUGGCUUUGGACUGGCACCCUCCACCGCCAGCUAUUGUGGAUAUUUGGGCAAUGAACCAGAAGAUGCAAGACCCGUCUCUGUCUCUUUCACUCUCUGCCUUCCAAAUAAAUAAAAAUAAACUUUUAAAAAAACAUGAUGCCAGAACAGGGAUCUUUGCAGUGUCCUCAGUGAGUGAACAAACUUCUCAGUGGGAAGCUCUGGGCUGCCCUGUCCUCUGCCUGCUAGAGCUUUGAAAGGUAAGCUGCCAGUCCGCAUUAGAGGUUAAAGUACUGAAACUGGCUCUCUGGUUUCCACAUGUCAUGUGAAAAAUAAAGUGGGUUGUUUUACUCUCUG